CAGAAAUGAGUGACACAGAAAUGAGUGACGAGGAGGUCGAGGACAAUGACAACAACACCGAUCAAAAUCCCGGUGGCGACUCUGGCGAGAGUGAGAGGGAAGUUGUGCUUGUGCCGAAAAAAGGACCACAUUCAUCCAGUGUGUGGAACUUUUUUGGAUUUGAUCCUGAUGAUGACUUACAAAAAGUCGUCCACUGUAAGCAUUGUUCUCGCAUGGUCGCAACGACGUCAGGUAACACCACAAACCUAUUAAAUCACCUGCAACGUCACCAUAAAAUACAGUAUGCUUUAGCAAAGAAGGACAACCCGAAAAAAAAAUCAAACCCCCAGACAACGACGCAAACAUCCAUAAGCCAAACGUUAUUCAACGGAACACCAUAUUCACACAGCUCACGAAGGCACAAAGAGAUAACGAAAGCCAUCACUUUUUACUUGGCUAAGGAUAUGGCAUCAAUAAAUACAGUUCAAAAUGAAGGGUUCAAGAACUUGAUGAAGACGCUGGAUAAGCGGUACUCAGUGCCUUCCCGCAACUACUUUUCACGUACUGCAUUGCCUGCCAUGUACUACAAGAUUCUAACCACAGUCGAGACAGAACUGAAAGAUGUCCAGCACUUUGCGACAACAACUGACCUGUGGUCCAGUCGUACCAUGGAACCAUAUAUGAGCCUGACGGUGCAUUUCAUCACCAGUGAUUUCACCAUGAAAAGUCGGUGCCUAAAGACAGCUUUUUUCCCCGUGGACCACACGGGCGACGAAAUUGCAGUGGGACUAAUGGAAAGUCUCCACUCCUGGAGCUUGGAUCCGAAAAGGAUGGUGUGCAUCACUACAGAUAGUGGAUCAAACAUCAUAAAAGCAUCCGACAUAAACAAAUGGACAAGGCUCCAGUGUUUUGGCCACAGGCUACAUCUGGCUAUAGCUAUGGUCAACAGGGUCCUUGGACAACAAGAGGCCAUUACACGAGUUCUCGCCCGGAACACUGACCGGAGCAAGUUCGCUAACAUUCUGACAUGGCAAGACAUACAGGUUCUUGAGGUGAUUGACAAGACACUAACACCACUGGCAGAAUUCACAGAUGCGCUCUCAGGGGAGCAAUAUGUGUCUGUCUCCUCUGUGAAGCCAGUCCUCCACCUCUUCGAAUCACUGAUGGCAGUGAAGGAAGACGACCCUGCACUCGCUCGCUCGAUUAAAACAACCAUCCUGCAGUACCUUCAGGAGAAGUACAGUGAUCCAAAGACACAGGCGCUGCUCGACAUAGCUACAAGUUUGGAUCCAAGGUUCAAACUGGACUAUGUCAGCGAGGACAACAAAACCACUGUCAAGACCAGACUGAAGGAUGAGAUGACUAGCAUCGUUACUAUGCCGGCUAGCACCCAGUUCAACUACUGCACUUAA